AUGAGACGGGUGCAGUGCUUUUUUGAGACGGGUGCAGUGCUUUAUGAGACGGAUGCAUUGCUUUAUGAGACGGGUGCACUUCUUUAUGAGGCUGGUGCAGUGCUUUAUGAGACGGGUGCACCGCUUUAUGAGACGGGUGCAGUGCUUUAUGAGACGGGUGCAGUGCUUUAUGAGACGGGUGCACUGCUUUAUGAGACGGGUGCACUGCUUUAUGAGACGGGUGCACUUCUUUAUGAGACGGGUGCACUGCUUUAUGAGACGGGUGCACUGCCUUCUGAGACGGGUGCAGUGCUUUAUGAGAUGGGUGCACUUCUUUAUGACACGGGUGCACUGCUUUAUGACACGGGUGCACUGCUUUAUGACACGGGUGCACUGCUUUAUGACACGGGUGCACUGCUUUAUGAGACGGGUGCAGUGCUUUAUGAGACGGGUGCACUGCUUCAUGACACGGGUGCACUGCUUUAUGAGACGGGUGCACUGCUUUAUGACACUGGUGCACUGCUUUAUGAGACGGGUGCACUGAUUUAUGAGACGGGUGCACUGCUUUAUGAGAUGGGUGCACUGCUUGAUGAGACGGGUGCACUGCUUUAUGACACGGGUGCACUGCUUUAUGAGACGGGUGCACUGCUUUAUGAGACGGGUGCACUGCUUUAUGAGACGGGUGCAGUGCUUUAUGACACGGGUGCACUGCUUUAUGACACGGGUCCACUGGUUUAUGAGACGGGUGCACUGCUUUAUGAGACGGGUGCACUGCUUUAUGAGACGGGUGCACUGCUUUAUGAGACGGGUCCAGUGCUUUAUGAGAUGGGUGCACUGCUUUAUGUGACGGGUGCAGUGCUUUAUGAGACGGGUGUACUGCUUUAUGAGACGGGUGCAGUUCUUUAUGAGACGGGUGCACUGCUUUAUGAGACGGGUGCAGUGCUUUAUGAGGCGGGUGCACUUCUUUUUGAGACGGGUGCACUGCUUUAUGAGACGAGUGCAUUGCUUUAUGAGACGGGUGCACUUCUUUAUGAGGCUGGUGCAGUGCUUUAUGAGACGGGUGCACUGCUUUAUGAGACGGGUGCACUGCUUUAUGAGACGGGUGCACUUCUUUAUGAGACGGGUGCACUGCUUUAUAAGACGGGUGCAGUGCUUUAUGAGACGGGUGCAGAGCUUUAUGAGACGGGUGCAGUGCUUUAUGAGACGGCUGCAGUGCUUUAUGAGACGGGUGCACUGCUUUAUGAGACAGUUACACGCGGCCGUCUGCUGUGUUGCCUGCUGCAGGAAGGGGCGAGGAGUACCCUCACCCCUCAUCAGUACCCUCACCCCUCAUCAGCACCCCUCACCCCUCAUCAGUACCCCUCACCCCUCAUCAGUACCCCUCACCUAUAA